CUAUUAUCUUGUAUUCAGAGAUGUCAGCUCGUGUUCCUUCAAUGAAAUGGGUUCAGGUCAAAGAAAAUGUGUACCUGACCGUAACUGUAUGUGACUUGGAGAAUGUGAAGAUCGAAUUUGACGCGACACACAUGUCUUUCAGCGCGAACCAAAAGGAUGUGAACUACGCUGUAAACUUAGAAUUCUUUGGAGAAAUUAUCCCUGAGAAAUGCGUAUGGUCUCAGAAUGGUCAGUGCGUUAUGAUUCUGCUAAAGAAGAAGUCCGAUGACAAAUGGACCUAUUUGUUGAAGGAAAAGAAUUUGUACAAGAACCUUAUUCAAAUUGAUUGGGAUCAUUACCAGGAUUCAGAUGAGGAAGACGCAGGCAUGAACGUUCCUUUCUCCGGAGAUUUUGAAAAGAUGAUGCAGUCUUAUCAGCAUGAUGACCAUCACUGCGAUUCCUGCAGUUCUUGCGAAUCUAGUGAAGAAGAAGACGAAGAAGAAGAAGGUGAAGAUAUGCCUCCUUUGGAAUCUACCGAAUGUUGUGUUUGUUGUUACAAACAAUUCAAAUCCGCUUCGUAUUGCCAAUUCCCUUCGAAAUGUCAUCCAGCCAGUCUUCAUCAUGGCGCUCCCUACAGAUCGAUCCAAUUCCCCAAUCUCACUUCAUCGUGGCGAGGUCCACAAGCUCCUCAUCAUCCUCCAGUCCCUCUUCAGAAAGCUGCUUAUAGCGCUUAA